AAACAAACACACUCACACACACACACUAACUUGCUCAGAUACCAAACAAUAAGAGCUGAAAAUCAGGGGGGAAAUAUAAUUAGUCAGGCCAAUCCCAUUAAGCACACAAUAAGAAUUUCAAACCCAAGCGGUUCAAUCUCCAUUACCAACCCCACCUUAAAUACCAUUUUUUUCCCUAUAUAGAUUCCCUCUCUAUCUCUUUCACCAAACUAAACUGCACAUAUGUCUCUCUCUGUCUUAAAGGUUGGCUGUUACUCAGGAUAGUGAGUGUUGUUCUAUUUGGGGGUUUUUUCCUUGGUCAGUUUUAAUUUUUCUUCUCAAAUAACUCAUGUCAGUGGAAACCGUUCUAUGGUACAUGGCAACAUCAAAGGUCUGCAGGUUUCAGAACUCAUAUUCUCAGAAAAGGAUUGAUUGGUUUCUUCUUCUCACCAAACCCAUCUCUGGGGCUUCCCAUCAGCUGCUUUUUCAUUGCUUUUCCCUCAAUAUUUGUGGGUCUUAUCUAAUUUAACCUCCCUUUGUUCUUGCUUCAAGCUACCCUCUUUUGAGUAAUUUAUUGUAAUUAUGCGUUUUUAUUGUUCCAUUUCUGUUUAAUCUUCCUCUUGUGGGGUUGAGGUUGUAUGGGAUGGGGUUGGUGGUGGAAGUGAUAUGGAGGCUAGUGAAGCUCUGUGCCAUUGCCUCUUGCUUGUUUAUUCAAGGAUCUACAGGGUACAAUAUAUCUCCAACUCCAUCAACUUUUCCUCCAAUUUCUUCCAUAGAAGGACGACCUGGUGUUGUCCACCGAGGAAAGUCAUUGAGAAGCAAUGCACCAAGUCCAUCACUUCAGAUAAAUGGGCCUGCUUUGCACCCUCCACUUGUAUUGCCACCCAUUAAAUCUGCUCCAGCACCUGAAAUGACCAAAGGCUAUGUGCCAUCAAUGCCACCAAGUAAUCCAAGAAUGUCACCACCACAUUAUAAAACUCCUCCACACUUAAAGGUUCCAAUAACUCUACCAUCCGUCCCACCAAGUGCUUCUCAAAGGAAGGCACCUGAUAAUAAGGCUCCUGUUUGGGCUCCAGUUGCUCCAAUUGCUCCAGUUGCUCCAGUACCAGAUGGACCACCUCAGAGGAAAUGGCCACAAAAUCCUCCAUCCAUGCACCCACACCCAGUGAUGCCUGGAUUACUGCCACCAAGUGCUCACAAUAGGAACAAGCCAGAUAAUAAGGCUCCAAUCUCAACGCCAAUUGCCCCAGAUCCUGAUGUCACUCCAAUAUCAACUCCUCCCCUAGCAAGUCACUGGAGAAGAAAACAAAUGCCGGUUGCUGCACCUCCAAACAGAACACCUGACCCACUGUCACCAGUGAACCAUUCCCCGGCUAAAGCACCUUCUAUACACAAUGCCAUGAGGCAUAGUAAUGCACCUGCUUCUCUUUCAACUCCACAAUCUCCUACAAAUAAAGGGUCCCAGUCUCCUGCAUCUUCACCGUCAAUGUCAUUUUCUAAGCAUCAUCGUGGAAGGAACAAAAUCACCGGCCCUGCUCCUGCAUCAUCAUAUCUCAUUCCUCCACCCUCACCAAGGCAUCAAGGUCCAGUCAUCUCUCCAGCUCCUUCACAUCCUCCUAAAUCACUUCCAAAUAGAACACGAACGCACCACGCUCCUCUGCCACUAAAUCCUGGUUCUAGAAUCUCUCCAGCCCAUUCUCCCUCUCCUUCAUCAUUGACCUAUCCUUCACCUGCACCUUCACCAUCUCCAACAGCUCGAUCUGGCCAGACUAUGAUUCCCUUUCUUUCCCCUAAAAUUUCUCCUUCUCGGCUACCCCCAAGUUCAAAGAUGCCAGCCCCGCCACCAGUUCAAGCGUUACCACCCCCACCUCCUAAUCAAGAUUGUUCAGCAAUUGUCUGCACAGAGCCAAAUACAAAUACUCCUCCUGGGUCACCAUGUGGCUGUGUCUUGCCAAUGCAAGUUCAGUUGCGCCUUAAUGUUGCACUGUAUACCUUCUUCCCUUUGGUUUCAGAGCUGGCUGAGGAGAUUGCUGCUGGGGUUUUUAUGAGACAAAGUCAAGUUCGCAUAAUGGGAGCCAAUGCAGCUAGCCCGGAAGCAGAAAAGACAAUUGUCCUCAUUGACUUGGUCCCUCUUGGGGAAAAAUUUGAUAAUACUACAGCUUUUUUAACCUAUCAGAGAUUCUGGGGCAAGCAGGUUGUCAUAAAAAAUUUGUUUUUUGGUGAUUAUGAAGUAAUAUAUGUGAACUAUCCAGGCCUACCCCCUUCUCCACCUUCAGCGCCUUCAAGCAUUACUAUGAUAGAUAAUGGACCAUAUUCUGGUCAAGGCAAUAAUGGGAGGACAAUACACCCGCUAGGGGUCGAUGUGCACAAGAACCGACAUAAACAUGGGCUUAGUGGCAGUGUAAUUGCUAUUAUAGUUUUGUCAGCCUCUGUUGCUGUGGUUUUAUGUUCUGCUGUUGCUUGGGUUUUUCUGUUCAAAAAAACAGAUUGUAUUGGCCAACCAGUGCCAACUCAAGCAGCUUUGGUGCCUUCACUUGCAAGACCACCAGGUGCUGCUGGAUCUGUGGUUGGAAGUGCGCCCAGCUCAGCUUCAUUAUCAUUUGGAUCUAGCAUUGCAACUUAUACAGGAUCUGCCAAGACUUUCAGCGCAGCUGACAUAGAGAGAGCCACUGAUAAUUUUGAUGAUUCAAGAAUACUUGGGGAAGGUGGCUUUGGGCGUGUUUAUAGUGGGGUUCUUGAAGAUGGAACAAAAGUGGCUGUUAAGGUUCUUAAACGAGAUGAUCAUCAGGGAGGUCGGGAAUUUUUGGCUGAAGUUGAGAUGCUUAGUCGUCUUCAUCAUAGAAAUUUGGUCAAGUUAAUUGGUAUAUGUACAGAGGAGCGUACCCGCUGCUUAGUGUAUGAACUCAUUCCAAAUGGCAGUGUGGAGUCCCAUUUACAUGGAGCUGACAAGGAAACUGCUCCACUUGAUUGGGGUGCCCGGAUAAAGGUGGCGCUUGGUGCUGCUCGUGGUCUGGCCUAUCUGCAUGAAGAUUCAAGCCCCCGUGUCAUACACAGGGACUUCAAGUCCAGCAACAUCUUAUUGGAACAUGAUUUUACACCAAAAGUGUCCGACUUUGGUUUGGCUCGCACAGCCAUGGAUGAGGAAAACAGACACAUCUCAACACGUGUCAUGGGAACUUUUGGGUAUGUGGCUCCAGAGUAUGCAAUGACUGGCCAUCUUCUUGUGAAGAGUGAUGUUUAUAGCUAUGGAGUAGUCCUUCUUGAGCUCCUAACAGGAAGAAAACCUGUAGACAUGUCACAACCGCCUGGUCAGGAAAAUCUAGUUGCUUGGGCCCGUCCUCUCCUCACAAGUAAAGAAGGGUUACAAACAAUGAUAGACCUAUCUCUAGGAUCUGAUGUUCCUUUUGACAGUGUGGCCAAAGUAGCUGCUAUCGCUUCAAUGUGUGUUCAACCAGAGGUGUCACACCGUCCUUUUAUGGGUGAGGUUGUUCAAGCCUUGAAGCUAGUUUGCAAUGAGUGUGAUGAGACAAAAGAAGCAGGUUCAAAAAGUGGCAGCCAGGAGGAUUUGUCCCUUGAUUUGGACACUGGGGUCAGCUCUGCUUCAGGGCAGUUGCCUGAUCCUUCACAUGCCCAUUUCCCAGUUUCUACGUAUGGUUCUGGCCUUGAUGCUGAAACUGGACUCUCAGUAUCAGAAUUAUUCAGCACAUCAGCAAGAUUUGGGAGGCAGCCAUCCGGGUCAUUUAGGAGGUACUCUAGCUCAGGUCCUCUGAGAACAGGAAGGGCUAGGCACUUCUGGCAGAGGAUGAGAAGAAAUUCUGGCGGCAGUGUGAGUGAGCAUGGAAUUAUGUUCAGAUUACGGCCAGGUUCCCAUUGAAAUACUCCAAAGCUCCUCUCCAUAAAAACAAAUUUAUCCCACAAUUAUAACCCUCAAAUUCAUUACUUGCUGGCUCAUGGCAUAAGCUUUAACAGAGGUGCAGAAUUUUGCAAAAGCUUCUGAAUUGGCAAUCUACACUUCAUUGAUACUUCCAGCAGUUGGGUCUCAAUAUCAUGAUCAGAUGAUUUUUUUUCUUGAAUUGGCAAAAUCCAGAUGAAUGAGUGAAAUGUAAUUGAGUAGGAAGUGAUGGAUUUUGUUUCCAAAGUGUACAGAACAUUAUGAAUCAAUAUAUGCAUCUGUGGCCCAACUUUCAAAUAA